AUGAUUUCUGACUUACCUCUGGAAUACAUCUUUCAUCAUGUUUUUCUUCCUCCGAAAUUACCGGACAAGGAGGAUGAGCGAGAGAAAUAUGAUGUUGUACUUACGCAACUUUGUCAACAGGAGCUUCAAAACUUUCAUGAUUUCCUGCCAAGUGAUCAAAGACAACCAGUCAAAAGGAUGAUCGGGAUGAUAGAGGGCAUGGUUCUUGAUUCAUCUGCUACUGGCACACUAUUUUCAAACAUUAUCAAAGGUUUAAAAACAAUGGAAAUUGAAGAUGUUUACGCUUUUCACGUCGAGGCACAAAAUGCAGGAAUAAUAAUUCGACGCCUCUCAUCAGAGUAUUCAUUCGAGAUGUUUGAGCUAUCACCAAGGAAUACAGAUAACAUGGCGACUGUCGGACGAUUACGAAGAUAUUUCCCAGGUCCCGCAGUAGCCAUCCAUCAGGACCGGAUUCACGAAGAAUCAUUCCAGGAAGCUCUAUCUCAGUGCAUUGAAGAGCUCUCGCGAGAGACGCCAAAUAUUGUCCAAGCGAAAACUCGUAAAGCAAACGCAUCUGACAUUGAGAUUCGAGACACUGUCGACCCAUCCCUCAUAACCAGCAUGCUUGCGGAGUCUCUGCAUGCCGUUGGUCGUCGUAUUGAUAUCCAUCGCAUUCAAAAGAGAACCCGUGAUAUCGUCCAGUGGAAAGAUUGUCUUCACCCCUGGCGUCGUUCACCCCUUUGGCUCCUUCUUCGAGUCUGCCUUCAGACUGGACUCAUGAAAAGAGAUUGCAAUGAUCCAUCACACUACCAAUACAAAUCGUUUAUGAUCUUUUUCAUGUCUCAAAUUCUAGAACGCGCACUAGAGUCUCCCAUGUCCAGAGAAAUAUUGUUCAUUAUGUCGAUGAAGGUACAACGGCGCUUAGUCAAACUCGAAAAGUUUAUUGACCGUGAGCUACAGCGGCAGAUACAGGAGGUGUUGUCCAAAGUCUCAUCCUACUUGAAAAACAAUGUGCCAAUGCUGUCACACCCAAUAUACCCUGAUAUCGCUGCACUCAACCUGAUAGAAGACACAGCGCUUACCAUGAACUUUCUCCGACCUUACCUUGUCCGUUUAUCGACACGAAAUCAAUCAAAACUAAAACACGCACUUGCUGAACCUUAUUGUCACUUUCGAAACUUUCAAUUGAAUACACAACUCCCGCAUAUGAGCACCCAGUCUUUAGGUUCCCAAAAUAGCGAUCUAGUUCACUUGGAGUUGGCAGACAUCGAACUGUGGGUUCGAGAUCAUCUGGCUAGUUGGCUGAAUACACAUCAAAUGUAUGAGCCAUCUUGUAUCGCUCUGGCAGAUCUCUUAUCUACCUACCAGAAAGUCUCUGAUGAAGUAUAUCAAGGGGUUGCCGAAGAUCAGUCCGUAAGAAUCUUGACUUUGCUCGAUUUAUGGGUCGCAUUAGACAAAUGUACAACUUCACAAGAGCCACUUGUAAAGGAUUAUAAAUGUGGAUUGACAUCAGACUUGUUCGCUCCUCUAUUGUUACCUACCAAGCCAGAAAUGCUAAGAUUAGCUUCUAUCGAAGAAUACAUUACUAAUAGAAAUGCUGCAUCAUCCGACGAGAUGCCAUGUAUCUUCUCCACAACAAACACUGCAAGAAGCUUUCCUGUUCGCUACUUCGAUCAAUCGUCCCAGCACCAGAGGUUACUAGAGAGGAUCGACUCUGAUGCUCGCUCUGACCGCGAAGCAAAAUUGCUCGAGCUAGAGGCAAAGAUUCGACAGUACAAUUCCUGGAAAGAAAGUGAUCAAUUGACCAAAUGCAGAUAUGAGAAAAUUAUUCGCGGUCGAGGACAUAAACGCCGUGAAGUCACUGCUCACGCGAGUUAUUGUCCGAAAUGCAUUGCAAAAAAUGCGGCCGAGCAAGUCACAAUAAAUGUUUUUGAAUGCCCUCUCCCGGAGAAUGAUUUAGAGGCAAAGUCGAUAACAUUUGAGCUUGACGUGCCUGGAGUCUUUUCAGCUUGGCGUGACAGCACGUAUAGCCUUCUAGUUGACACAUUAUCAUCAAAACCAAGAGUCUCUCAGGGCAUCGAAUAUUACAAUUUCAGAAACACUGCUUUAGAGCGUUAUGCUCAGAAAUCCUUGGGGAGAAUUCGCUUGGGGUCCCGUAAUAAGCCAUUUAUCAUUUCUCACUAUAAGAACAAGUUUGUUUCUCAGGCUACAGUUGAAAACGUCCUGAAACCAACCGGGUUGAACUAUAUGGUUGUAGAUAAUGACGGAUUCGACCAAAUAGCAGUGACGGGUGAUUUCUGCGAAAAUUUGGGUAUCCGAAAGUUAUGCACCAUGAGAUUCGCUCCAGCUUUCACAAAGCUAGAAGCCUUUCUAGAAGACACAAAGUCUACCACCAACGAUACUCUUGCAAAUCAAGCAGAAUGCCCGGCCACAUUGACUUUGCACGAAUUCUAUCAAUUUGCAUCUCUUAGAUGUGGGAAUUAUCUUCAAUGGCUUAAUAUUCUGCGAGAGAGUGAAGCCCGAUUACUUGAUUUGAACUCUGAUGAAGUCUUCCAAAUACUGACACAGACGGCAUGGCAGGUUGGCCCCGCAGCUUGUAAGCUCGGAUGCCGAGAUUCGCACCAAGACCUCGAGGACGAAGCCUUUGGGAUACAUCUUUUACAGGCUUUAAACGCGAUAGUCUCAAGUGUAGAGUCUAAUUGGCAGAAUGUGAGAGCUGUUCGCGUGGUUAUUAUACUAACCACUCGGUUGCUCAGUGUCUCAACUAAGAAAAAAGUGCACGAGAGCUGUAUUCGUCUACUCUUACGUAUUCAGGUUAUUACAAUUACGUGGACUAGAGAUGUUGUCCGCAUACUCCAUGAUUGCCAAGAGGAAGAUGAGCUUGAAUCACUAAAAAUUCGAGCCCUUGAACUGGCAUUGGCGUGUCACGGUUCAUUCGACGUCGAAAUCAAUAAUCUUAAUAUUUUGCUCAGCUCUACCGAAACUCAAACUAUUUUUAUCGAGAGCCUGAUCACAGUUCACGAUAGACGUCCUGCAUUAACUACUGGUCUUGGUAGUAUGAUCCAAUUUGGUUUGAGACGCUUUGAUAGAUUGAAUCAUUCCGCCGAAUCAAUUCUGCGUGGCAUCAUAAUCAAUGAAACCGCCGGUAUUGACAUGACCAUUCAAACUCUCUGGUCUGGGUAUAAACCUGGAACCCCUUGGAAAGCACUUGAUCUGCCAAAUGAAAGAUGGCUAAGAACGAAAACUGCAACAAUUAAUGGCCAAGAAUCACUAUUUGUUGAAUUGAACAUUUUAGACGGAGAAUUGCUCAUCAAUGGAUCUCCACUUGCUCGUCUACCUCGUGAUUAUGAGUCUCAUGCCACAUAUCAACGAAUCUUCGGACAGAAAAUGUUGGAUGUUGUCCCAUCAACAAUGCCCGGCAUGGCUUUUGAGACUAGGAAAGAUGUUCAUUUCAAAAUGCUAGGCGACGAAUUAGUGAUUCGAACCCGUAAAGGGGAUGAAUGCUUUGAGGUUAUUCCCAAGCACGUUCUCAUAGACGACUUCCAACAUUCGUUCACAGAAAAUUAUAUUUUCAUGCGAAAUGAUGAGACUGGUGUCAUACAACUGAGGCCAGUAGAUAUGCCAUGGAAUUCCUCGAACAGUGAAUGGACAAUCACACAUUCUUCCAACCAAACCUUUCAUUUAAUCAACGGCUCCAUGUCAGCCAUUGAUAUCCGAAGCCCGACAGCUUGCGCUAUAUCAAAAAUUCUCGGAAACUUAGAGACUCUGAGCCACAUCAACAUGACGCUGAAUCAGCAAGACAAAAUCUUGGAGCUACGCCUCCCCCGCUUCAACCUUGACUUUUCCGUUACCGUAGGAGAUUGGACACUUUUUUCUAAACAAUUUCGAGGGAUGUCCGUGGACAAAAAUCAGGAUAUCGGUACAUUCACAGGCUUGUUUAACAAACUUGUGUUGCGUAGCAACGACAACGCAACGCGAGUUGUGGUCGUUCCAGACGGCGAGAUUGUAUUUACGCGAGAAAAUGAACAUGUUCAAGUGAAAAUCGAUACAGCAUUUACGAGCUCCUGUAGUUAUCAUGACUAUCGAAUCGAUCCUCAACUUGGCCGUCUGAUUGAUAAUGGAAGCCUGAAAACUUGUUUAUUCAGAUUAUAUCUUCAUUCUGUAACCUCAGAUGUUAUACCAGAUGCCCUUACAGGCAAGACUGGCACGGAAGAAGCAUUAAAUGGGUUAACUUCCUCAUCUGUAUGGUCAUUCUCCACGCUUUCCUCUAGCGAGAUAGGGUUGCUACUGAAGUUGAGAGAUUUAUCUCCACAAUUUACAUACUAUCCAGCACGUGAAAAAUCUAUGCAGAUGAUUUUGUGGAAAGAUCUCCCAAUAUUAUCUCAACAUGAACGAUUCUGCAAGCAAGUCGAUCUUAUCUUCACACAUGCUAGGAAACUCGUGCCAUUUCGAAUUGAAUCCGAUAAGAAGCACUCGAUUCCCGAAUCAAACAAUCGCAGCAAUCCUAUCCUAGUUUCUGCGGCUAUCAUUAGGAAUGCCGUUUAUCGCGUCGAUGGCUUUGGGGCAGAGGAGUUUACUACCAUCAAAGAUAAAGUAUACGACUCUCGGGACGGAAACUGUGAUGAAAGCCGACGUGCAGAUAUAUACCAAACCGCAGCGUUGGUAUAUUCGUGGUCACAGAACUUGAAGGUUUAUACGGGUUUAUUAGGAAUCAUGAAUUCUUUGUCAAGUCCCAUCAUUGGACCUGGUGCAAUCUCGGAAAAUAUCAUUGGAUACGAUUCAAAGUGGUUAGGUACACCCGAGUCUUUCUUGUCUGAAACUUGGUGUGCAAUCUAUCAGCAGCUAUCAGCCAGUAUUGAAACUCGAGAUAAGUAUAAAAUCAUGAUCUUCUUGUCCACGUUGGUCUUCUCGAAAAACGUCGACCAUUCGCUUGUCCAUACAUUUUUAGCAUUUGCUACAAUGCCGAUUUUUGAUUGCAUCAAAAUUCCUCAAUAUCAGCUUUUCCCUCUGUGCGAAGGGUUCGAGCCUGAUAGAAGUUCACUUAAAGUUCUCAUCAGCGCUCAGAAAUACGGCUAUGAGAACACACCUGCAAGCAAACUUGUCAAGAAAGAAGCCGAAACUGAAUGGGAGGUUUACAGUCGAAGGCAGCAGACUUAUAUUGACCAAAAUGAAUGUGCUGUUGAAACAGCCAUGAAACAUCUUUUGAAGCAAUGGAAAACUGACAAGCCUAUUGCAUCCACGGAUAAACAUUGUCAAACAUACAUUGACAUAGAAACUGCCAAUGUUAAAGUCCAAGCAAAAUUCUCGUCUUGGUUUAAAAACAGCGAAUUCAGGGAAUACGUCUUGCGCUUGGAAUCAGAGCUCAAGAAGUCAAACUCGAUCGAUUGCACCAUUACUCAGCGAUGGUCAGAUUAUGCAAGACCCACCAGUAAUUAUAAUCCGAACUUAGCUUAUAUUACCCUCAGGAAUCUUCUCCAAAAUGAACCUCCAACUCUUAUUAGUGAAAAUGAAUUGUUCCAGUUCAAUUCACUUCUGGUUAAGAUAUCCAAGUCAUUGGGCAAUGAUAAAAAUCAUAUAAAAGUCUCAGAGCUCUUGGUGGAACUUUCUCGACACACUUCCGGAACAUUUGAGAAUCAAUACAGUCAUCACCUACAACAAAGUCUGGAUGCUUUGCACGAGAUACCAUGUUUUAAACUAAAUCCCGCGGUGUCAGCUCACGACUUCUCAGACUGUUUGGAAAGAAGUCAGGCACUGGUAGACAGCAUGUACCUCAGAAUUAAAAAGCAUUUGUUAAGUUCCAUAAGCGUAUUCGGAGCUACAGAGAACACGACGAUGCUUCCGCGCCUUUCUAGAACCACAAUUCUUGCUCUUAUUGCAACUUCGCAUCCUAUAAAGCUCUCGCAAAAGUGGAAGCAGGCAAUUGUACAUUUUGGCCUGGCUGUAACUACCUUGCAACGUUUGAAGCGUCUGGUGGCUUGUUGUAGCAAUAAAGCAGAGCUUCUCAUGGAACUUUCAAAUCCGGGACAUCAAGGGUGGGACCCAUUGUUGCAUCCGGACUGGCUACUACUUGAAUUGGAGAACGGAAUUCUGAUUCGCAAAGAUCAGGCUGACAUCAGUAGUGAAAUGAUCGACCCAUCAUCAGGAGCGAACUCUGUCAUGCAAUUGAACAUGGGGCUUGGAAAAUCAUCAGUCAUUGUUCCACUUGUGGCAUCGGCUCUGGCAGACAAGACAAAGUUAUGUCGCGUCGUAGUACUCAGAGCGCUGUCUAGACAGAUGAGAGAAUUUGCUGAAGGGGCAAAGCAGCUCCGAAAAAUUUACAAGACUUGCAUGGCUUCCGGUGGCGUACUUCUAGUACAGCCAGAGCAUUUGCUGUCUUUUGAGUUAAUGGGUCUUGAGAUGGUACUUUCUGGGGAUCAAGAUGCAAAGGUUGUUGGUAAGGUAAUCAAUGACACCCAAGCAUGGCUACUAAAGAAUUGCCGGGAUAUCCUAGAUGAGAGUGACGAGAUAUUGAGUGUGCGAUUUGAAUUGAUUUAUACCCUUGGCAGACAAAUGCCUAUCGAGUUUGCUCCUAACCGUUGGGUGCUAAUUCAAAGAAUAUUGUCGAUAUUGACUUCUUGUAUCAAGAAACUUGAUCGAAAAUACAAAGAUGAUUUCGAAAUAGAGAAUUUGCCGGAUAUUAGUGGUAAAUUUGCGAGAUUUCGGAUCCUACAGCCCGAACUCGGUGAUUUACUUCUUAAAAGGGUGGUACAAUCUAUCUGCGAUGAAGGACUCCCUGGAUUAUCAUUCUUCCAAUUUACCAAGAGUAAUCGAGACCUCUUAUACCGAUUUAUCACAGAUUCCAAGAUAGAUGAAGAAAUAAUUCAGCAUUCGAUAUUCGAUGCUGACUCCACGAAAAUGGGCCUUCUACUCCUUCGAGGUCUCUUUGCACACGGAGUUCUACAUUUUGUUUUUUCAAAUAAGAGGUUUCGGGUUGAUUUCGGUUUGGAUUUGAAACGAUCAUCACUAGCGGUCCCAUACCAUGGGAAAGAUGUGCCUGCAGCCGCAGCAGAGUUUAGCCAUCCAGAAAUGACUAUUUUAUUGACUUGCCUUUCCUACUAUUACGAAGGGCUAUCCGAAAGCCAAGCAAUACGGUGUUUUCGAGAGCUUUUGAGAUCGGACAACAGUCAAGGAGAAUACGAGAAGUGGACCAGAGAUUGCUCCAAUAUUGAGACUGAAUUCAAGCAAUUAAGUGGCGUCAAUCUUGAUAACCUACAUCAAUGGUCCGAAAAUGUAUACGCACAUUUAAGGCGUUCCAAAGAAAUGAUAGAUUUCUAUCUAAAUCACCUCGUUUUCCCAAAGGAGAUGAAGGAAUUUCCCAAGAAACUUUCUUCAUCGGGUUGGGAUAUUGCUCGGAUCAAAAACCACCCGCUCACUGGCUUCAGCGGAACAAACGACAGCAAGUAUAUCCUCCCGCUCUCAAUACAGCAACGAGAUCUAGAAGAACAACUUUCAACAAAUGCAGAAGUGCUCGCAUGCUUAUUGCAGUCUGAAAACAAAUUUGAUUCCACGGUCAAGAGUGAAGAUUUCAAUGCCGAAAUCCUCCUAAACCUUGCCGUAACGUCGAAACCUACAAUAAGGGUAAUUCUUGAUGUUGGGGCACAGGUUUUGGAGCUAAAAAAUGAAGAGGUUGCUAGUAGAUGGUUAGCAAAACUUCCAGUUACUGAGGUACACGCGGCGGUAUUCUUUGAUUCUUCAGAUGAGCUUUGCGUUUUGAACCGUGAUGGGGUGACCGAACCCCUCACUAUCUCGCCAUUUGCUAAGCAGAUGGACCGAUGUGUGAUUUAUCUCGAUGAAUCUCACACACGUGGAACAGACUUGAAACUUCCAGUCAGCUAUCGUGCUAUUGUUACACUUGGACCAGAUCUGAACAAAGAUCGUCUCGCACAAGCAUGUAAGCGUAUGAGAAAACUGGGAAAGGGCCAGUCAGUAUUAUUUUGUGCGCCGAAAGAUAUUCAACGAAAAAUAAUACACUCCACGAACAUGACCCAGUCUGACCAAAUCGAAGUCAAGCAUGUUCUUUUGUGGUGUAUAAGAAAUACAUUAGACCAAGUUCGAAAGUCUGUUGUGCCUUGGGCAAUUCAAGGAAAGCGUCAUUAUGAGCGACUUGAGGCUCUAAGCGCAAAUCCUGGUAUUGUCCCUGCAUCUAUUCAAGAAGACGAAGCACAGAGCCUGGAAGAGAGAUACGGAUUCGGCAAAGAAAAAGCUGACGGGCGUUGGCUGGCUGACACAGCUCCUAACACAGACAUGGAAUACUCUGCCGAACUCAUCGCUAUUCGGAAGAAAUGUGCCCAAUUUGGUUUUAAUUCUUUUGCAGGUGCCAGUUUACACGAAGAACAAGAACGUGAAUUGCAACCAGAGAAAGAAUUGGAGAUACAGCGUGAGCAUGCCCCAAGUGUACCAGCUUUGGAACAUAAAUUGCAUGCCGAUGUCAGAAAUCUGGCCACGACCGGUGUUAUGGUCCACAGCGCUCCGAGUGGAUUUUUGCCUGCUUUUGAUGUUUUCAAGAACACAUCAGCAAAAGGAUUAUUCGAUAUAUCCAAGUGGCCCAGGCAUCUUUGGGUCACUCGUGACUUUGCGCAGACUGUAGAAAUGCACGAAUUUGGCGAGAUUGAUACAUUUUUACGUCCUGUCAACUGGGUCGUUACAUCUGAGGGCAAGAAUGGAUUGUCAUUCUGUGUAAUAUUUAGUCCUUUCGAAGUUCAAGAGUUACGCUUUGUCAUAGAACAACACAAGAAAGUCAUUUUGAGCAUCUAUUCGCCACGCUUGAGCUUCUCUUCAAGGUCAUUCGAGAGCCUUGAUGUUCACAAACUUCCAACAGGUUCGAAGCUACCAUCAAUUCAUCCACGUAUUAUCAUGCUUUUAAACCUUUUUGCUGGACAGCUAUAUCUCCGAAGCCACGAUGAAUACAUUCGUCUUUGCCAAUUCCUCGGACUCUGUUAUUAUCCGCCUCAGAAUGACGUCGAGAUUGGUUGUGAUAAUUUUGUUCCUUUAUCAAAUCGUGCAUCGUUCGAUCCCGUUAUGAAGGAGGCAGAGUUUUUGAGAAUACCACAUAUGGGUAGGAUCCUGACUGGAGAGUUAUUGAGUAGGAAUGAUUUCGAUGACGAUGGAGGUGGAGGUGGAGGUGAAAUUGACGGAGAGAUUGAAGAUGGUGGGACCAUUGAAUGA